GGGAAUCUGCGAGUUCCCGUGGGCUGUGUGUGGCGGCCGUGCCCGGAGCGCGUCCACUGUCUCCACCGACCCCUCCGGUGCCUGGCCCUCGAGCCCUCACGGCGUGCACCAUGAGCGGCGGCGAAGUGGUCUGCUCGGGAUGGCUCCGCAAGUCCCCCCCGGAGAAGAAGUUGAAGCGUUAUGCAUGGAAGCGAAGGUGGUUUGUGUUGCGCAGUGGCCGUUUGACUGGAGACCCCGACGUCCUGGAGUACUACAAAAAUGACCACGCCAAGAAACCUAUCCGGAUUAUUGAUCUAAACUUAUGCCAGCAAGUCGAUGCCGGGCUGACAUUCAACAAGAAGGAGUUUGAAAACAGCUACAUCUUUGAUAUCAACACCAUCGACCGGAUCUUCUACUUGGUGGCGGACAGUGAGGAGGACAUGAACAAGUGGGUUCGUUGCAUCUGCGACAUCUGUGGAUUCAACCCCACAGAAGAAGAUCCUGUGAAGCCCCUUGGCAACUCCUCACAAGCACCAGCUGACUCACCUCUGGGUGCGUCGGCCUCCACCCAGCCGGACGCCUCUCCAGUCACACUACCUCCAUCUUACCAGCUCAUCAGCCUCCCGCCGCACCCAGACACUCUAGGCCUCCAGGACGAUCCACAAGACUACCUCUUGCUGAUCAACUGUCAAAGCAAGAAGCCCGAACCCACCAGACCCCACAUUGACUCUGCAAAGCCCACCUCUUCUGAAACAGACUGCAAUGACAACGUCCCUUCCCAUAAGCCUCCUGCUUCCUCCCAGAGCAGACAUGGAGUGAAUGGCUUUUUUCAGCAGCAACUGCUGUAUGACUGCCCGCCACCCCGAGCUCCAUCCGUCUCUGUAGACUCCAGCCUCUAUAACCUGCCCAGGAGUUAUUCCCAUGACGUGUUGCCAAAGGAAUCUCCGUCAGGUACUGAAGCAGAUGGAGAGCUGUACAUCUUCAAUACCCCAACUGGGACUUCGAGUGUAGAAACUCAGAUGAGACAUGUAUCCAUCAGUUACGACAUUCCGCCAACACCUGGUAACACUUAUCAGAUUCCACGGACAUUUCCAGAAGGCACCUUGGGACAGUCAUCUAAGCUGGACACCAUUCCUGAUAUUCCCCCUCCUCGACCACCAAAGCCACAUCCAACCCAUGACCGGUCUCCUGUGGAAACGUGUGGCGUCCCACGCACAGCCUCAGACACCGACAGCAGUUACUGUAUCCCUACAGCAGGCAUGCCGCCAUCCCGGAGUAAUACUAUUUCCACCGUGGAUUUGAACAAGUUACGGAAAGACGCUAGCUCUCAAGAUUGCUAUGAUAUUCCACGAACCUUCCCAAGCGAUAGAUCUAGUUCCCUGGAAGGCUUCCAUAACCAGUCUAAAAUCAAAAAUGUGUUGACAGUGGGAAGUGUCUCAGGUGAAGAACUGGAUGAAAACUAUGUCCCCAUGAAUCCCAACUCGCCACCACGACAACAUUCCAGCAGCUUUACGGAACCAAUUCAGGAACCAAAUUAUGUGCCAAUGACCCCUGGGACAUUUGAUUUUUCUUCAUUUGGAAUGCAAGUCCCUCCUCCUGCUCAUUUGGGCUUCAGGUCCAGCCCAAAGACCCCUCCCAGGAGGCCAGUUCCUGCUGCUGACUGUGAACCACCCCCAGUGGAUAGGAACCUCAAGCCAGACAGAAAAGGUAAGGGGAUGUGGGGAAUAGAAGGGUAACAGGGUGCAGCUGGGGCUGCCUUUAACCAGACCUAAACACGGGAACUGACGUGGAAAUAAUAGCCUGGGUCCUUAGCUUAAGUACAGAAGUCCUGCUGUUUGUAAGUGAGUGUCUCGAUGCCCAGGUGGGAUUUCCAGGUCUCCUCAAUCUAGAAGAGAGAUCACAGACUAAAAUACCCAGAGCCAUGGCGGCAGCAGGCAGCACCAGGGGAACUCGCAUUGUUUU